UUUUACUAGUUUUACAUAAUAAUUAAUUCCUGAAUAAGACGGUGUCGUCGGAAGCGGAAAAGUCCAGUUAGGGGUUUGAUUAGGGCACCGAUUUUCAGAAGCAAAAUUCCCAAAAGUAAAGAGAGGAGAGCGAGAACGACGAUGGUGUGCGAAAAGUGUGAGAAGAAGCUAUCGAAGGUGAUAGUGCCAGACAAAUGGAAAGAAGGUGCCAGCAACACCACUGAAGGCGGUGGUCGCAAAAUCAACGAGAACAAGCUCCUUUCCAAGAAGAAAAGGUGGACUCCUUAUGGAAAUACCAAGUGCACAAUUUGCAAACAGCAAGUACACCAGGAUGCUAAGUACUGUCACACAUGUGCAUACUCUAAAGGGGUUUGUGCAAUGUGCGGUAAGCAAGUAUUGGAUACCAAGUUUUACAAACAAAGUAAUGUAUAACUUGUAUCAAAUAUUGUUGACAUAAUCUUCUGCUUCUAGAUGUGAUAAACCCCAGCAACAUUGUCUUUACAUAAUUCGUCCUUAAUUUUCAAGCAGAAUUUGACAUGCGCUUGUGUACUCGCUAUGGAUGUAAUUCAGCACUUGAUUUGUUAUAAAAAUGACUAUAUUUUCUUUCCAAUUGUAA